GCCGGGCCGUCGCCGCGGAGGAGGGAGGGGGCCGUGGCGGCGGCGGCCGUGCGAGGGCGGCGGCCCGGUGCGGCCCGGUCCCGGCGAGCCAUGCGGCGGCCGUAGCCAUGCAGCGAGCCGAGCUGCGGGAGGGGGAGGCGGCGGCCGCGGCCUCCUACCGGGUGCUGAGCCGCCUGCUGGGCUAUGGGGCCGGACCGGAGGCGGGCGCGGCGGGCGGCGCCGUUACCGGCGCGGCGGGAGCGGGGCCGUUGGGCCCCGGCGGCGGGCGGUUGCCGACAACGGCGUUACCGGGCGGCGUGACUCUGCGGGCCCCGCCGCCGCAGCUGAUGGUGUUCCGCAACGCGGCGGAGGGGAGGCCCGGCGAGGAGGGCGGCCCGGCGGCGGGAGGCGGCGGCGGCGGCGGGGGGGGCGGCCCGGCGGGCGGCGGAGAGCUGCUCUGCCCGCGGCACCGCUGCGCCCUGGAGCCCAAAGCGGCGGCCCGGUGGGGGGCCGGGCCGGCGGGCGGGCUGGAGCUGCAGCUGGCGGCGCUGGGGCUGCGGCCGGGCGGGCUGGGCGCGAAGGGAGCGGCGGGCUGCCCCUGCCCCUGCCUCGGCCCGCCGCCCCCCGCCGGGCCCGCCGCCGAGGAGACCAGCGACGCUCUGCUGGUGCUGGAGGCCUUGGAACCGGACGAGGCCGGGAGCUGCUCCGAGGAGGAACCGGCUUCCCCCGGCCGCGGAGCCGCCCGCCCCGUCGGGAGAGGAGCCGCCGGCCCCGCGCCGCCGCCCGCCGCCGCCCCCGGGGGAACCGGCGGUAGGAAGGGCUCGCUGAAGAUCCGCCUCAGCCGCUUGUUCCGCACCAAGAGCUGCAGCGGCGGCUCGGCUACCGGCGACGCCGCCGCCACCGAGGGUCGGCGUACCGGGGAGCUGCCCGCCUCGGCCGGCAGCCUGACCGACGUCUGCGGGGCCCGCGGCCGGGAGCAGGAGGCGGGCAGGAAACACAGACUGACAAGAACUCAAAGUGCCUUUUCCCCGGUUGUGUUCAGCCCCCUCUUCACAGGUGAAACAGUGUCACUAGUGGACGUGGACAUCUCUCAACGAGGACUGACCUCCCCUCACCCUCCGACUCCACCACCUCCACCACGAAGAAGCCUCAGCCUGCUAGAUGAUAUCAGUGGGACGCUGCCUACGUCUGUCCUAGUGGGUCCAAUGGGCUCCUCCCUGCAGUCUUUCCCUCUGCCUCCGCCUCCUCCGCCCCAUGCCCCAGAUGCCUUCCCACGGAUUGUCCCGCUGAGGCCGAUGGAGGCUAUGCCGGGCCAGCCCGCCCCGCACCUGCAGUGUCCGCUCUACCGCCCGGACUCCAGCAGCUUCGCAGCCAGCUUGCGAGAGCUGGAGAAGUGCGGGUGGUACUGGGGACCGAUGAACUGGGAGGACGCAGAGAUGAAGCUGAAAGGGAAACCGGAUGGGUCCUUUCUGGUCCGAGACAGUUCUGACCCCCGUUACAUCCUGAGCCUCAGCUUUCGGUCGCAGGGCAUCACCCAUCACACCAGGAUGGAGCACUACAGAGGGACCUUCAGCCUGUGGUGCCAUCCCAAGUUUGAAGACCGCUGCCAGUCUGUGGUGGAGUUCAUAAAGAGAGCAAUCAUGCACUCUAAAAACGGGAAGUUUCUCUACUUCCUCCGAUCCAGGGUUCCAGGUCUCCCUCCAACGCCUGUCCAGCUCCUGUAUCCAGUCUCCAGGUUCAGCAAUGUCAAAUCCCUUCAGCACCUUUGCCGCUUUCGGAUCAGGCAGUUGGUCCGAAUAGACCACAUCCCCGAGCUCCCGCUGCCCAAGCCCCUCAUCUCCUACAUCCGCAAGUUCUACUACUACGACCCGCAGGAGGAGGUGUAUCUGUCGCUGAAGGAAGCUCAGCUCAUCUCCAAACAGAAGCAGGAGCCUGAAUCUUCCACGUAGCGAGGCUGCCUCGCCCGCCUUGUUGCUGUCACUGAUGGAAUGUGAUUGUUGCCAUCCUGUAGCCCGAGUCAGGCUGUGGUGGGAAGGAGGCAUGUGAUGGUGAAGCCUGCUUCUGCGGUGCCGCUUCUGCUCUCAAGCUCUUUCGUACAGAGAAGAGGGUUCAAGACUCCUAAGAAGCACAGCAGAACGGGAACAAGAGCCUCGGCUCCUGGCUGAGGAAGGGGGUCUCGGAGGCAGCUGAGCCCAGCUAACAGACUCCUCGCAGAACAAAGAAUGUCAUGGCACUAUGUACAAUUUUUUUGAAAGUUUUAUUUUUGAUGUCUUUUUGUUUUUAUUUUCAGCAUGAGAAAUACUGUCUUAUGAUCAGCUGAAUUUUAUUAUCCUCCCUUGGAAACUUCAAGGUGGGGAGAGAUGGAGAAGGGGACUCUCUAGGAAGAUCAUCUGCUCCAGGCAUUAUGGCAAGACUGUUCUUUGGCCCUCACUAAGAGGGGAUGCAGCCAGAGAGCUGCUUGGAGGCAGACUGAGCCAGAAUCACGUGCAGCUACGUGGAAUAACCUCCGGGGAGCAUGGAGCUCCGAACAGCGGGCAGCUGCACAGCUCUCCUGCUUCCUAGGGUUUGGGAGAAGAGGACCGGACCUAGUCUUGGGCAGCUGAGCUUUGCAACUGGUUUUGCAGGGUGGUCCUGUGUUUUUAAUUCGGGUCCAAGGAAGGAAGAGCACAUGAGCCGUUCGGAGGUCCUGGAGCCUUCUGCCAAAGGGAAUGGCUGCUGCUGCACUGGGGAGCAAGGAGUCGUCGUUCCCUUAGCAAACACUGGAAGAUUUCGCUGAACCCCUGUGAUAAGUGGAAGGAAGGUGACAAAGAUGUUGCUGUAACUAUUGCAGCAGUCCAUGGACCAAAGGUACUUGCUGUAGCGAUCUCAGUUUUUCAGAGCCGUGGGACACGCACUUCUACCCUUUCUCUGGCUGCGUCCAGAAGCUGUGAACGAAGAGGCUUUCUGUAGAGCUGUGAAGGAUCCUGAUCAGGAGCCGCUGGGGCAUUAAGAGGCAUCUUUGGGCUGACUUGGAGCCAGAAAGAGAUAACUGAGUGUGAUUCUGGAACGGCAUCUGAUCUCUUCGAGCUUGCUUGCUGCUUCCUUCCCUUCCUGGGGUGUCUGUGGAACCACAGCAGUUCAGAAAUACCCGCCCCUGCCUUCAAAUCCUGGUCUGCUGUUUUCACCCGUUGCAGCAACUGCAAAGGGUUUGCAUUUCAUGGUUUAAAGUGAUGCUGAGAAGUCUGGAGAAGCAUCUUUCCUCCUGCGUUUAAACAAGCAAACCUUCCUGUGCCCUCAACCAGAGUGAAGGAAACGCUCCAUCCCGCAGCAGCGCGGUCUGCAGACGCGAUGCUGCGUGUGGCCCAGGUAGCCAGAUGUGAGGGUGGUGCCCUGUGGCCUGGCUGCAGUCGCUCAGGAGCUGCUCGGACUUUGGUUUGGCCCUGCAGAAUGGUCUGUGUCCUUGAAUUAGACGCAAUUGUGUGGAUCUUAAAGCAGCCUGGAAAAAUUCUGAUUGUCUGCCAAGCGUUGCUACGAAGGGUGCUAAUAAAUCCUGCCCUCCCUUUCUUCACCCUCGCCUCUGGCCUCAGUUUUGGUCUUGGAGAAAAAGUAUGUUUUUUUAAAAAAGGAUUUGGCUUCCAGAUGAAUAACUAAGCUUCAAAAUCUGUAGAAAUACCUCAUCGGACACUACUCGCUACUGACUCUGUGUUGCGUUGUUGGGGCAGCAGAAGGGGGAGCUGCCCCAAGACGUGCUGAACAGCAUAUCCCGACCCUUGAUGAAAUUGGAGCUAAUCUAGUCUACAGCUACCGUGUCCCCUCUGCGCGGGGACCAGCGCUCAUCCCCGCACAGCCGCCGCGGCGUUUCCUCCCCUCUCGGCUGCAGCCCUUCAGCUCGCACCAAGUUAUCGGCGGAGCCUGCAAAUAAAUGCAAACGCUUCGAUAACGCACAGCACGUUGGGCAAAUGUCGUGGGGGGGGGGGAGCAUCUGUACGUGUGCAGGUGAAACUCGAAUAUCCGCACGCCUGGCCCUGCUGCACCUCGGCUGUCCGUGUGCUUGAAGAUUCGAAUCUUCCAACUUAUCCGCAAGCUGGAAAGGAAAACCUUCUGGUGAGCCAAGCCCGGUCUGAUGCCUGAAGUGUCCAACUCCGUGCCAGCGAAGAACAGUGCGCUCAGCGCAUGUGUCUCCUGUCCAGCUUCUCUCCAAAAAGAGACCCUGGAGGCAAGGACACGAUGACGUGGGCCAGGGCGUGUGGAUAGGCGUGAAAUGGGGGGGCUGCGAGUCUCCCCUUGCUGAAGCCAGGGAGAAGCCGGUCCUCUCCCUAGUGUGGUGGUAGUGAUGGCAUUUCCACGCCUUCCUUCCCUGUUCUGAGAUGGAGAGGUGCAGGCUGCGUUUGGGAAGGGGAAGCAGCUGACCUGGAGGGCAGACCAGGGAAAACGUGCGCUGGGAAUCGGUGCAGACCCCGUCCUGUCGACGGUGGCCUCGGCCUGGGGUGAAAACGCACAACCCUGCUGUGCGGUGGGUCAGGAGAGCCGUCCCGCACCGCUCCAUCCCCUGCCCCUCCAGGGAGCUCCCUGCGUACCCCCGGCGCUCCCCGCGAGGGUUGGGGGGGGUGGCUCUGCGGCUUUCGGAGCUGUUGAAGAAGCAGCCAGACUUCAGGGGCAAUACUUGAAUUACAGGUAUUUGGUCGGCUGUCGCUGUCCUCGGGAGGACUUCUCCCAACAGCCUGCUGGUGCUUCUGCUGUUACUUGAACCCUGUGCCCAGCGGGGCCAGCCCCCCCCGGUUUGGGGCCAGCGGCAGCGCUUGGGGUCCGCCUGCAGCAGCUGAAAUGAGGGAGGAGUCGUGCUCUGGGGUGUUGGAUAGGGGAUGGUGGGACACCAGCAUGUCAGGCUGAUGUGCCUGGUGUCAGCUGUAGCUGCGCGAGACCUAUCGAUCUGCAACCGCAGGACCCGUGGGGUCAGCUCUGCCGCGAAGGUGGCAGAUGCUCUUCAGCCUUCCCAGGGUCCUGCUCCACCUCUCCUUGCCCCAAGACAGCCAGGGGAGCUGGAGCGUGGUCAGUGCCAGCCUGCUGCCUGCGCCCAAUAGCGCUGGACAGGAUCCCAAGGUUAACUGUAGUUAACAGCCUUCUCUUGAAAUCUGUUUAAAAUAAAGCUGUUCCUAGAGUUCCUUCACAUCUAGGUGUAAGGGGCAGGAGGGGCUUGAUCUGCUGUUUGGCCGUGGAAAAGGUCCAGAGCUGCUGUUCCGAGGCUGGGUGUGAGUGGAGCAAGCAGAGCGGUCUCUGCCGAGGGCGUGAAGGUCUCUGUGGACGCGGGUGAGAUCUCCAGGAGGUGCCUCGGUCCUCUCUCGCCAGCGAAUGAGUCCCCAUCCCUGUUUGUAUCCUGCUUGGAGUGGUGGUGUAGGUUGGUUCUGGAGGGUGCUCUCAUCCUGCUGAUUUGGAAUUUUUUUUUUUAUAGCCUCCUUUGUCCAACCUUGAAUUCUGCAGAGGUGGUUGCUGUCUUCCUCCCUCUACCAGGGGCUGGAGGCAGAUGAACAAUGAAACAGACCAUUAAAAACUACCAAAGCGCAGAAAGUACCUAUGGAAAAAGCUCCUUUUUCAGCUGGAGAUGGUGCUUUCUCAGCUGGAUGGGUGCAGCCUUCAGCCGUGCGUUGUACCCGGUCAUCAGGUCGGCAAGGUCCCGUGGCGUGGUUUGCUCGGGCUGGCUGCUCUGUGCAGGGCCCCUGCUCCAACCCCUGCCGCCUGUUUCAAGGUGGGGAAUGACCUGGUAGUCCUGCAGUGUGAACAUAUGAUAAGCCAGGACAGUUUCCUUGCGUGGCAGCUUUCAGCUCAGCAUCGACCUCCUUGGGGCCAAAAGAAGCGGGGGG